AUGUACAUCAUUACUCAUGCCGACAAUGGCUGCUCCUCAGGGUACACUGGAGCCACUGUAGGUUGUGCCGAAAGUCUUUGCAUCAUCAUACCAACACCCUCAAACACACCCAACAAACAGGCACAUGUAAUGGCCGAGUUUCUAGUAUGUUUCCAUCCACCUCUCAAAGCCAAAGCUCCACCGGUGAAAAAUCCAGCAAUAACUGCAUUCCAUGCAUCUUCUCUUCUUCUUACGGCUUUGACAGUACAAUCGAAUGUAGAAAAUAAUCCUCCCCAAACUCCAAAGUUUCCUCCCACAACUGGAGCACGGGCUUUGACUGCCGCCAUCGAACCGUACAUUCUUUCACCAUAUGGCGAGUUUCUGAAACCUUUGAUUCCGUGCCAUACGCAACCUCCAAUCACUCCCAUAGCAAAAGCACCUCCGAAAUCGUUAAGAAUGACGAUUGGACAUGGGUCCCUAGCAUGA